AUGCAAAUGGAGACCUUCCCAGCAGAUAUCUAUGCUACAAGCGCUUCACCUUAUCAUCCAUGGCCACCUGGCGGUUCGCCCUUGCCCUGCCAGCAUGGAUCUGAGAAGGGAUUAGGUUGUGCGCAGUGUAUGAGGUCAUAUGCCUCUUCGCAUGACACAGCGGGGCCAAUCAGAUAUCUACUCGAGGACGAUGAUGAAGAGGAAAAUGAUUUCUUGGACGAUGAUAUUUCAAAGACUGCUGAAAACCAACUGGAGACAGUGUUGAUUUCUACUGCAGAGGUCCCCGAGAACAUAGCCAAGGAGCAAGGGGAAGGUGUAUUGGAGCAAGAGGAAGGUGUAUUGGAGCCCCAGAAUAACGAGGCGGUGUCGGGUGGUGACAGCGACAUAGCCAUUCAUCUGAAGCAGGAUACCGACGUUGCCCCGUCCCUUCCUUUGAUCGAGCUUAUCUUCGAUGACACUCUGUACGAGCUAUUCUAUUCCUCGUCUAAAGCCUUCAAAGCAUCGCACGUAGCAACAUCGGCCCGAGGUACACUCUUGUUUGCCAACAAUAGCUCACUUCUCGACGAGCCACUCUUGGUUCUCUUCACUCAUCUGCGAAAGGACUUGCUUGAGCCCCGCUACGGAGCGGACUCAGCGUAUUACGAACUGGGCAUGGUUUUCAAGGGUCUGGAGGACCUCUGGUUACUUGAGCACGAAGGCGCCGCAUCCAAGUGUUCGCUUGUGAAGCUGGUUCAUCUUUACAUGGACGCGUCGGAAACACAGGGCCAAGAAAUGCUUCUGGAACCAUUCCGCAUCGAGCUGAGUAUUCAAGAGACCUUUCUGUCGCAUUUGAGCCGCUUGGGGAACCGAAGAGAAACCAAGGCACAAUCAAUAUCGCAUGCCGUAGCUGAGGAUGACAUUACGGAUUUGGCAGAGCCAGCGCUAGCAAGUAUGGUGCAUUCGACUCUUGAACAAUACUUCUUUGGUGCAAAGCUUGACGAUUCAUCUAUUUUAACAUCAUCCCGCCCUUAUCUUCUAGAUGUAGUUGCAGCCGUUGAUAGACAGAACGAAAGUUUGAAUUCAGACCAAGUGAUACUAGCCGACACAGGAAUGUCAGAGGAGGGCGCAAGGAUUGAAGACGCUGUCAAUUCUGGAAACGAUAUUCGGGUUCAUAUCGACGAGAAUAUUGAUGUUUCCGAGAUUGACGUUGAUUCCCUAGCCUGUUUUGACGACAAGGCCUAUGAGGAAGACUAUGAGUCUGGCGAGGAGGACGAGCACGGCUCGCCUUCGCCUACGGCUAGGUCGCCCAAGAGAAGUAUUGAAGAGAUGAUCAACCUGCUGGGCGAUGACCUUGUGAACGAGCUCAGCCCUGAUCGUGAAGUCAGUAAGAAGCACAGGGCGGAUGCCUAA